UGGGUGCACAGUGGACUUGAGCUUGUAGCUCUUGGCAUCCUGGCCGUGGACCUGCUGUGUUGAUUGUGGAUUUUCCUGAGGAUCUGGACUGUGGUGGUUGCUGGCUGAGUUGGACUUCACUUCAAACAUGAAGCUGAUUGUGAUCUUCAGUGCCCUCUUCGGGGCUUCCUUGUGCCUGGAAAAUUUUGUUGGGCACCAGGUUCUCCGAAUCAAGACAAGAAAUGAGGAGGAGGUUAAGGAGUUACAGCUUUUGGAAUCACUGGAACACCUUGGGCUUGAUUUCUGGAUAAAUCCCUCCACCCCUGCCCUCCCCGUGGAUGUGCGAAUCCCCGCUAACAGUGUCCAAGCAGUCAAAGCCUUCCUGAAAUCCCAUGGGAUUGAGUACUCCAUCCUGAUCGAAGACCUGCAGGUGGUUCUUGAUAAAGAAAAGCAAGAUAUGGCCUACAGUCAACAAAGGGAUCGCAGCAGCAACAGCUUCAACUAUGGAACUUACCACACUUUAGAUUCCAUUUAUGGAGAACUGGAUCACCUUGCAUCUGAGUAUAGCAACCUUGUCAGCAAGCUCCAGAUUGGGCAGUCCUAUGAAAAGCGGCCUUUGUAUGUGCUCAAGUUCAGCACUGGAGGACGCAACCGUCCCGCAAUCUGGAUUGAUGCCGGUAUCCAUUCCCGAGAGUGGGUCACGCAAGCGAGCGCCAUAUGGAUAGCUAGAAAGAUUGCCUCUGACUAUGGAAAGGAUCCAUCCGUCACCUCUCUGCUGAACAAAAUGGACAUUUUUCUGCUGACAGUCUCAAACCCUGAUGGAUAUGUAUUCACUCACACCACGAAUCGCAUGUGGCGGAAGACCCGCUCCAAGAUUCAAGGCAGUGUGUGUGUUGGAGUUGAUCCAAACAGGAACUGGGAUGCAGGUUUUGGAGGUCCCGGAGCCAGUAGUAAUCCCUGUUCUGAGUCUUACCGUGGGCCCAGUGCCAACUCAGAGGUGGAAGUUAGAUCUGUUGUCAACUUUAUUAAGAAACAUGGAAAUAUUCGGGCCUUCCUCACCCUCCACAGCUACUCUCAGCUUCUGAUGUAUCCCUAUGGCUAUAAGUGCACUAAGCCAGCAGACUACGCCGAGCUGGAUGCCUUGGGAGAAGCUGCUGCCCAUUCCAUCCAGUCCCUGUACGGCACCAGAUUUACAGUGGGGAGCAUUUGCUCUACUAUCUACCAAGCCAGUGGAGGCAGCAUUGACUGGAGCUACGAUUACGGCAUCAAAUACUCUUUUGCCUUUGAGCUGCGAGACACGGGGCGCUACGGUUUCCUCCUGCCAGCCAGCCAAAUUAUCCCAACUGCUGAGGAGACCUGGCUGGGCCUGAAAACAAUCAUGGAGCAUGUGCGAGACAAUUCGUACUAAAAGCUGGGGUGGGAAUCAGCUGUCUGUAGCAGCAAGGUCAUAAAUUGUCGUCCCUUGGUGUGCUUGCGACAGCUGUAAUGAUAUGGAACCUGGCUGAAUAAAAACCCUCUGUGCAUUCCUCCUA